AUGACAAAUCUAGUACUUGCUCAUAAUAGUUUACUGGGUUCCAUCCCCCUCUCCCUAAGAAAUCUUUCGAAGCGCAGCACACUUUAUCUCUUCAACAAUCACAUCUCUGGCACGAUUCCUGCUGAAUUAGGCAAUCUUGUCGAGCUGAGAGACAGAGAUCUAUCACAUAAUCUAUUGACUGGUUUCAUCCCUUCCACCCUGGGAAAUCUAGCUAGACUAAGGAACCUGAUCCUUUCUUAUAAUGAACUCUCCGGCCCCAUCCCAUCGACUUUAGCUAACAUGACCUCUCUGAUACUGUUAGACCUCAGCAAUAACCAAAUCUCUGGCUGCAUCCCACCAUCUUUUGCAAAUCUAAGUCUAAAAGAACUAUCAGUGAUCAAUAAUAGUCUCUCCGGAUCGGUCCCAAACCUUACGAGCUUUGUUUCUCUGAAACUGGCAUACAAUGACCUCUCUGGUCAUCUGCCACCAGAUGUAUGCAGAGGAGGAAAGAUUCAGCAUUUCACCGCAGCCUAUAACAAGUUCCACGGGCCGGUACCAGAGAGCUUGAGAAACUGUUCAAGCUUAGUGCGGGUUCGAUUGGACAGGAACAACCUCACCGGAGACCUCUUCGAUCACUUUGGAGUCUAUCCUUAUAUGAGAUAUAUUGACUUGAGCUACAACAGGUUAUCUGGAAUGCUUUCACCGGAAUGGGGAAGUUGUUCAAACUUGUCGAGCUUAAGAAUAUCCAACAACAGAUUAAAUGGAACAAUUCCAUCUGAGAUUGGGCAAUCAACUCGGCUGGGAGCGUUGGACCUUUCUUCAAACCACUUAGUUAGCGAGCUUCCCAAGAACUAA